GUUUGUUUGAAGUAAAGUGCGUUCCUAACCUAACGUUCUCGGUGUAUUUACCGAUACCCAAUUAUUAAUUAUUUUAGCAAUAUUUACAACACACACAUUUACUGCUGAAUAGUAUAUUUAUUUGACGCUGAAAAAUAUUCUAGUGAUUAUUUAUAUCUAUCGUUCAUUAUGUCAUCAAGCAUAAUUCAUUGUCAGUUAUGGAUGGGAGGCGUGGAGCCGUACAUGACAGAGGGGUUCAUAAUGACAGCGUUUCAGAGGAUGGGUGAAAACCCUCUGAACGUGAAAGUUAUGAGGAACAAGAUCACAGGAGAGCUGUGUGGUUACUGUUUCGUCCACUUCGAGAAUGAUGAUGAAGCUAUUAAGGCGAUGCACAAACUGAACGGAAAGUUUAUCCCAAAUACGAAUCCGCCGUCUCGGUUUCGCCUGAACAACGCAACAUCCAGUGGGCGAAUGUCAACAUCUCUGGGUUACUCACUAUGGGUCGGAGACUUGUCACCCGAAGUAGACGAUUAUCAGUUGUACAAAACAUUUGCGUCUCGCUACGAGUCCAUCAGAACAGCCAAAGUGGUCAUGGACAGUGUAGGGUACAGCAAGGGCUACGGUUUCAUCCGAUUUGCCAACGAAGAUGAGCAGAAACACUGCUUGUCCACCAUGAACGGUUACAAAGGACUGGGAACCAAACCCCUGAAGAUCAGCAGUGCCGUACCCAAAGCUCACCGUAUAUCAAAUACCACGUCAGUGAUGGCAGGCGGCUACAACUCCAGUCAGGACUACAGCCAGUAUUAUGACCCAGACAACUACUGGCAGAGCUACUCGGCCUGGCAGUCGUACUACGAGAAUCCCUCGGCUAAUGCUGGCCACCACUCGUUCCACAGUAGCGUACAGCAGGUGCCCAUAGAAACCAUCACCAUAGAGGAGGACGAAUUAGAACUCAUUGACCAUAACACAACAACAGAUGUGGAGGCCUGGAAUCGAGAGGUGAUGGAGAGGGACUACAACCUCUGGGAUGCUCUUGAGAGUUCCAAGUGGCUGCCUCUUGAAACAUAUGGUUAAAUAAAUAUUUUUUAUUAGCUCA